AAAAUUCCGAGUAUCCCUAUCGACGUGCCUUCUCGCUCAGGAUAUUUUGUCCUAUUAAUUGAUAACCCAGUCUACAGCAUUUGCGUAAGCCUCUUGGUAAUUAAAGUGUGCCCACAAAUUGGUAUAGUCGUUUUGUUCAUAUUCCCUUAUAUUGUUCAAACGAAAUCACAUUCUCGAGCCACACUUCGUUUACUUCUUCACUUUUUUAUCGCGAUGUGUAUCCAGCUGUCUAUUCCAUUUUUGGUCAUCUUCUUGCCGGCUGCUUUUAUAGUGUACGCAAUUCAAUAUGACUAUUAUAAUCAAGCAGCAAACAACUUGGCGAUGGCAACAAUGGCAUUCCAUGGGGUAUGUACUACACUGACCAUGAUCAUCGUGCAUACACCGUAUCGUAACGCUACUUUGAGCAUUUUACAUCUGAAAUCGGAAAAAUCGGCAAAAACAGUGACUGAUUCGAAGAUUGUGUGGAAAAGUAACAAGGGAGUACAGAUGACAUAAACUAUGCCCAUUGUUACCCUAUAUUUUAUUUUUCUCUAUGGUGACAACUUUAUCUUAAGAAAAACACGCAUAUAAAUCAAGCAGUUCCUGGUCACAGGACGUUUACUUCCACCUGUUUCUAAUUUCUUAUAAAACCCUAUAUCUUUCAAGUUUUUUCCACAAGACUCUGCCACUCUGACACUUAUGUGCUCGACUAGCCUCAGCUUCUUUGCUUCCGAGCAAACAUAUAUAAAACUUCUACAUACUCUUACCAUACUUGAACUUUCCACUCACUCUUUUGGAGCAUACAUCAUCAUUACAAAAACACCGAAAAAGUUGGAAUCCGUGAAGGCCAGCAUGCUCUAUCUACAAUUUGUUGGAGCAUUUGUCGAUGUCUAUUUCAGUUGGUUAGCUAUGCCGAUUCUAGUACUACCUUUAUGUGCAGGACAUGCGAUUGGCUUACUUUCAUUUUUUGGGGUUCCAAGCUCGUUGCAAGUUUAUGUAGGUUUCUGUUCACUAGCAGUUAUGGUUAUGACAGUAGUGAUCUUUCUGGAAGAUCGUCGAUAUCGGUUGGUGAACGGUCAAAAGUCAAACAAAAUGAGAAAAUUGUAUCGGUUACUGUUUGUCACAGCUAAUUAUGUUUAUGCUACAUUGUACCCUGCUCCCAUAUACUUUUUGCUUCCCGACCAAGAAUAUGGAAGAAUUUUAUCGAAAAGUAAAAAUCCGUGUAUUCCGAACGAAUAUUUAAACCAUCCUAAUUUCUUUUUGCUUGAUCUCGAUGGAAAGUAUACUUCAAUUUGUAUCCUGCUUAUGUUGAGUUCUCUGGUCUCUCAAAUGUUUUGGCAAAUUGGACUGAUUUUCCGUCAGAUGCUCAAAAAUCCGUCCGUUUCUCAAAAUACGCACCGACUACAAUACCAGUUUUUAAUUGCAAUGAGCUUGCAAGGCACCAUUCCAAUGAUUAUCAUUGUUUUUCCAGCUUUUUUCUAUGUUGUCUCAAUUAUGUUAAAUUAUCAUAAUCAAGGUGCAAAUAACUUAUCGUUUCUUAUCAUUUCCAUGCAUGGAGUUCUAUCAACGUUGACAAUGCUCAUGGCACACAGACCGUAUAGACAAUCGAUUGUCAAAAUGUUGAAUCUGAAUUUCAAUAAGGCAGGUGGUGGUGUUCAACGUAUUUGGACGCUUUCCAGAAGAAAUAAUUAAUGAUGACCUUGGAAAAGGCUAAUCUUCACAACAAUCAAAUCAAAUAAUCAUAAAAGUUUUUAUUGAAGAAAAAUAAACUAUCUGUGCACAGAAAUCCAAUGAAUUUUUGUUGUAUUCU